AUGAAUACGCCUGUUGUCGGUCUUGCUGCUCCUCGUCUAGUACAUAGUUGUACAAUCAGAAACAAUUCCAAUGGUCCUGUUCGAGUGCAAAUUUUAUACAAAGGACCAUCUGCUCAUGGACGGGGUGAUCAUCAGGAAAUUUCAACUGCUGAUAUUCCCUCUGGCGGAAGUUUUCGAGCUGAAGAGCGAGUAACGAAUCAUGGAUCGUAUACAACACGAAAGGAAAUAGCAGGUAUCAAAGUGGCUCGAUAUAAUGGGCAAAAACAGAAACUUUAUGCUCCGUUUCAAGGCGUUCACAGUGUUGAACUCAACUGGCUCUUUGUUAUCGAUGAUUGGCAAAUUUAUUCGGUUAAUCCAAAUCGUACCAUGGGUCAAUUUUAG